AUGCUGGCGUGGGACGACCAUGACUUUAGGGUGAGAUUCAGACUUGGGAAAAAUGUUGUUCGUAAUUUAUUAGAAUAUAUUGAAGACGAAAUAGCUUCACAAACCAUUAGUCUUUUAGUCCCAGCUUGUUUAAUAGUACACGAUGUUAGUGUGGCCAUAGUGUAUGGCCAUGUCAUAGUAUCUUCCAGGAUAUUAUUCCUGGAAGAAGAUUCGCCCCACGCCCUGUUUGUCGUUCUCGAUGUUCGAAUGGUAUUGACGCCGGCCGGCCGACUCCCAUUAGCCUUUGACUGUCGUGGUCGGCAGCUGCGUACGGGUGUACCAACCUUAUAUUAUAUAACCUUAUUUUCUUUGUCUAUGUAUAACUAG